AUGGCGUGGCGGCUGGACCGGGACUGCCUGGAGGAGGUGGGCGAGGUGGGGGGACCUGGGCUGGUGCUGGUUGUGGUGCCCACAGGACAGAGCCCACACCAGUGCCCAGAGCAGUGCCAGUGUGUCCGCAGUGCCCAGGUGGAGUGCUUUGGUGCCGACAUCAGCACGGUGCCCAGCCCCAUCCCUGCCAACGCCAUGACCCUGCAGAUCAUCAACACGCGCAUCGCCGAGCUGGGCAACGCCGCCUUCGGCAACGCCUCCCUGCUCAUCGGGCUGCGCGUGGAGAAGAACCUCCUGUCUCGCAUCAGCCCCGGGGCCUUCCAGAACCUGCCCGACCUGCGCUACCUCAGCCUGGCCAGCAACAAGCUGCAGGAGCUCCCUGUGCAGGUCUUUGAGCCUCUGGACAAGCUGGAGUCUCUGCUCCUCUCCAGCAACCAGAUCCUCCAGGUCGAGCCUUCCCACUUCGCCCAUCUGAGCAACCUCAAAGAGCUGCAGCUGCACGGGAACAACCUGAAGGAGCUGCAGGAGGGGGUGUUUGACCAGCUGACCAGCCUCACCAAGCUCAACCUGGCCAGGAACAACAUCGACCGCCUGCCGCCCCGGGCCUUCGAGCGGCUGGCGCGGCUGCAGGUGCUGCGGCUCUACGAGAACCGGCUCCGGCACAUCCCGGUGGGCACCUUCGAUGGGCUGCCGGAGCUGCAGGAGCUGGGGCUGCACCAGAACCAGCUGGAGACGCUGUCCCCGGAGCUCUUUGUGCACAACACCAACCUGCAGAAGCUCUACCUGUCCAACAACUUCCUCACCGCUCUGCCGAGCGGCGUCUUCUUGCCCCUGCACGCUCUCGCCAAGAUCACCCUGCACGUCAACCGCCUGCGGGACAUCUCCCCCAGCGCCUUUGGGCCCACGCCCAACCUGCAGGAGCUCUGGCUUUACGAGAAUGAGCUUUCCAGCCUCCCCACUGCCGUCUUCAGCAACCUGACCCAGCUGCAGCUCCUGGUUCUCAGCAAGAACCGGCUGCGGUCGGUGCCACCGGGGGCUUUCCAGGGCCUGGGGGAGCUGCUGGAGCUGUCGCUGCACUCCAAUGCCCUGCGCCGCCUGGAUGCCCGGGCACUGGAGGGGAUGCCCAAGCUGCAGAACAUCUCUCUGCACCACAACCAGCUGCAGGCACUGCCACGGGGCCUCUUCAGGGCCACCCCUGGGCUGCGGCACCUGCAGCUGCACUACAAUGCCCUGGAGUACCUGCCUGCCGGCAUCUUCUCCCCACUGACUGCCCUGAGAGAGGUGAGGCUGCACAACAACUCCUGGCGCUGUGACAAGGGCAUCCUGCCCCUGCAGGGCUGGCUGGAGGAGAACCCUCACAAGGUGGGUGAGAUAUCCCCGCUGUGUGCCCAGCCUCCCGCCCUGCAGGGCAUCCCCAUCGCCGGGCUGCCACAGGACCACUUCAUCGACCCCCAGCCCCCCACUGCUGCUGCUCCUCAUCCCAGCACCCUGCUCCCUGCUGACACCUCUGUGGCAGCCUCAGAUGAUGCCUCAGCAGCAGAAGAUGCCUCGAUGGAGCCCCCCACGGGGCUGCCAGCCUCCCCACAGGAGGAUGAGGAGGAGAAGAAAGAGGAGGAAGAGAGGGGGCAGUGGGGGCUGACACGCCUGCAGAGUGGGGUGGUGGUAGCAGUCAUCGUGCUGGUGAGUGUGGCCCUGCUGGCUGCUCUGGUGGCACUGGUGGUCUAUGGCUAUUCUCCUGCCCUAGAACCUGGCUUUGUGCCUGUGGAGACAUCUGAUGAGGGUACAGGUUUCCCCCAAGACUUCCAGGGACCUACACAGGUCCCAACUCAGCAGCUGCUCUGCAGGAUGUGGCUGCUCACCGCCUCUGGUGAGGGUGGCAUUACCCUGGCUGUCACAGGGCUGCUGAUCUACGUGCUGCUGGGGCUGUGGUCCCUGCUGGUGGGGGCACUGUCCCCAUCCUGCCCCGCUGCCUGCCAGUGCUAUGACACCUCCAAAGUCUUCUGCUCAAACGAAAGGAUACGGGAGAUCCCGGAGGGCCUGCCAGGAAGUGCCAGCCACCUCUUCUUCGUGGAGACAGCUCUGAGCAGCAUCCGCAGCGGGCACUUGGGCUCCAGCACCACGCUCACCAAGCUGGUCUUCAUCAAUAACAACAUCCAGGAGCUGCAGCCUGGUGCCUUUCAGGGACUGCCCAGCCUCACUGAGCUGGAGGUGUCAGGCAACCCCUUGCCAGCUGUCAGCCCUGGGACACUGGCAGGGCUGACCAGCCUCAGCAAGCUCUCCCUCAGAGCCAACACCAUCCGCACCCUGCAGCCGGGGCUCUUCACUGCCUCUUGCCGCCUGCAGGACCUGAGCUUGGCAGGGAACAGGAUUGAGGCACUGCCCCCUGGCAUCUUCCGCCCACUCCGGCGGCUCCAGGCCCUGGACCUGUCACAGAAUUCUCUGCCCGAGCUGCCAGAUGGGCUGCUGGCCCCACUUGUCGCCCUUCGUGUCCUCAAGCUCAGUGACAACCUGCUGGCACGGCUGCCUCCUGGUGCUUUCAGGGCACUUGGCCAGCUCACCGAGCUCCACCUGGACGGCAACCAGCUGGAGGAGCUGCCCUCGGGCAUCUUCUCCAGGCUGGGGGUGCUGCGGCGGCUGCAGCUGCAGCACAAUGCCCUGGGCAGCCUGGCCCCCGACAUCUUCACGGGUCUCCUCAACCUCACUGUCCUCAGCCUGGAGGGCAACAACCUGGCCACCGUGCCUGCCCUGCUGUUCGCUGGCACCCCUGGCCUCCUCCACCUCUCGCUGGCUCGCAACCGGCUGGAGACACUGCCCCAGGAGCUCUUUGCGAACCUGUCAGUGCUGGAAACCCUGGAGCUCUCACACAAUGCCAUAGAUCACCUGCCCACCGGGGCUUUCCAGGGUCUGGAAGGGCUGACAGAGCUCCAGCUGAGCCACAACAACCUCUCCAGCCUGCCAGUGGGGCUGCUGGCCAGGCUGCCCCUCCUCACGGCCCUGGUGCUGGACCACAACCGCCUGGCCCGCCUGCCCGCGGGGCUCUUCGAUGCCAACGAUGAGCUGGUGCGUGUGGGGCUGGCUGGCAACCCCUGGCUCUGCGACUGCCACCUCUCCUACCUCCUGCACUGGCUCCAGAGCUUUGCUGAGCCCCUCACCCACGGCCAAGCCUUCUGUGCCAACCCGGCUGCUCUCCAGGGCCGGUCCCUGCUGGAGGUUUCCCGCGGGCAGCUGCAGUGCCCGGGAGCACACGGCGUGCCCCCGGAGGAGGGCUGGGACACAGAUGCUCCGGGGCAGUGCACCUACCGCGACCCCGAGGGCACGGUGAGCGUGGCCUGCAAUGCCACAUCGUGCCAGGAGCUCAGCCUGCGCCUCCCUCCUCCCGGGCCGGAGCGGGGCCUGGGGGCGGCCUACCGGCGGGCCUGGCUGCUGCGCUCCCGCUGCGGCACGCUGCAGGUCAGCGUCCUUGUCACAGCACACAGAGGGAGCGAGGUCACACCACCAGCUCCCCCCGCCGUGCCCUAA